GCAUUUAUCGCAUUUGUUUACCUUUUUGUUUUUAACUUUCUUUUCUAAAAGAUGGAACGUUCUUCGCUUCCCCCGGAUAAUUUAAUCGCAGAAACUUUUACAAAACAUGAAAAGUGUCUCACAGACGAGGAGAAGCAACAACUUAUUACACAAAAUAAUCGACUGGUGCCCGAAUUCAAAGCAAAUCAACUGGAACUUAAUGCCCAAAGGAACUGGGAUCUCUUCUACAAACGCAAUGAGACACGUUUUUUCAAAGAUCGGCGCUGGACAACUCGGGAAUUCGAGGAACUCCUCUCCGAAUCCGGGAACACUCGGAAAACACUCUUCGAAGUGGGUUGUGGAGUUGGCAAUCUCAUAUUCCCCCUAAUCGAAGAGAAUCACAACAAUUACUUUUAUUAUGCUUGUGAUUUCUCUCCCCGCGCUGUAGAAUUCGUCAAAUCAAAUCCGUUCUAUGAUCCCGCAAAGAUGAAAGCCUUCCAUUGUGAUAUAACAACAGAUGUUGUGUUCGACAACAUCGACGAGGGAACUCUGGACAUUGUGACGAUGAUAUUUGUCCUAUCGGCCAUUCAUCCGGACAAGUUUCUGAAAGUAGUGCAAAACCUAUGGCGACUUUUGAAGCCAGGUGGUGUGAUUCUCUUUCGUGAUUAUGGACUCUACGACAUGGCACAGUUAAGAUUCAAACCUGGACAUAAAAUAGGUGAGAAUUUGUAUAUGCGACAAGAUGGCACGAGAAGUUACUACUUUGCUGAACAAGAGCUAUCCGAGUUAUUCAGCAAACAUGGUUUUGAAGUCGUAAACAAUUCAUACGUCCAUAGAAGAACUAUUAACCCAAAGGAAAACAUUGACGUUCCGCGUAUAUUUAUUCAGGGAAAAUUUAAGAAACUGGCAACAACUUAGAGAUGUGGGAAUAAAUGUUAGUAUUUUGUAGAAAAUUGA